CUACAAUGGUCAAUGGGUGUCAAAUGUCAGUUAAAUUUAAACAACAAUUUUUUUCGGCGUUUUACGAAUACGCGGAAAAUGUGUCGUAUUUAAUAUGCACAUCAGUUUUACUUAUUAAUCAUGGAAGUAGACGAUGCUUAUGAAGAGAUUGAUGGAUCCAUCCAUAGUGUACAUGUGCGGAACUUUUUUUGUCACGAUAAUUUAGAAAUAAGUUUUAAUAGAAAUGUUAACUUUAUAGUUGGAAGGAACGGUAGCGGGAAAAGUGCUAUUUUAACAGCUCUCAUAGUUGGUUUAGGAGGCAGAGCUGCUGCUACGAAUAGGGGAAGCAAUCUUCAUUCAUUUAUUAAAAAAGGUGCUAAUUCAGCAACAAUUGAGAUUAAAAUCAGAAAUAGCAGUCCAAGAGCUUAUAAGCAUGAUGUUUAUGGUGAUUAUAUUACAAUAGUAAGAAAUAUCAAUGCUUCCGGUGGAUCCAGUUAUAAGGUUAAAUCAGCAACAGGUGAGAUUAUCUCAACAAAAUUUGAAGAAGUGAAUGCAAUUAUUUUAACGCAUGAUAUCCAAGUGAAUAAUCCAAUCUCGGUCUUGAAUCAAGAUGAUGCAAGAAGUUUCCAUGCGUCUGAUGCGAAGAAAAAGUAUAUGCUGUUUAGGAAAGCGACUAAUUUUGAUCAAACAGAAACUAAUUAUGUCAAGGCAUUGGAAAACUGUAAAAAGGCUGUUGCUAUUUGGAACAGAAAAAAUGAGGCUUGUCAAGAACUAGAAAAAGAAUACAAAAAAUGGAAGAAUAUACAUGACCAAAUGCAGUCCAGAGAUGAAAUUGAAAUACAGAAACAAGCCCUACAAAAUGAAUACUACUGGAGUGAAAUAGCCGAGUUUGAGCACGAAACUGCAACCAUACAAAAAGAAUGUGAAAAACAAAGGAUUAAAUGUGAGAAACUUGUGGAAAAGUUGAAGAAUAUGGAAGAGAAUUAUGGAAGUAAUACAUCUGCUAUAGAUUCAUUAAAGAAAAGUCUCAAGGAAAAGAACAAAGAAAAGUGUGCGCUAGAAACAGAGCUACGGGAGCUCGAGGAUGCGUUGCGAGAGGCGCAGGGCGCACACCGCAACACGCAGCGGGCGAGUCACAAGCUGAACGAGUUGCUGGCCAGGGAGAACAGGAAGGUCACGGAUUUGGAGCGAGAGAUACAGAAUAUACAAUCAGGCAGCGCGGCCUCUCAACGCGCGGAGUUAGAAGCGCACGCGCAAGCCGCAGAAGAAGCGGCCAAAACAGCUCGUGCGAGAUACGAGACGCAACAGAAUGAUACGUCACAAGCACGAGCUAAUGCGGCGCACGCGCAGCCAUUGGCUGAUCGCGCUGUGGGCAGGGCACAGCAGCAGAGGGAUAAACUUAAACAACUGAAGCAGCAACUCCGCGAGCUGCAGUCGCGCGGCGGUGACUCGUUAGCCGUGUACGGGAGCAACAUGGUGGAGCUGUGCCACAAGUUGAAGACCUGCGGGGACUUUAGCGCUCCACCACGGGGGCCUGUAGGACACUACUUAAAAGUCAAGGAUAAAAAAUGGGGUGGUGCUCUGGAGCACAUUAUUGGCGGAUCACUUCAAACUUUUUGCGUUAAUUCGCCUGAAGAUUCGAGAAAACUGUUCACCAUUAUGGGCAAGGUAUACGGCAAGAAUCCAAAGCCAGCGGUAACAUGCAGCAAGUUUCUACCAAAAGUGCACGAUGUGCGACGCAACACAGUUCGCGCGGCUGGAUAUUGUUCCGCGUUGGAAGCCCUCGAUAUAUCCGACACUGUUGUGGCCAAUUAUCUCAUAGAUAAUAUAGGAUUGGAGAAGAUCCUGUUGGUGCCGGAGCAUGAGGACGCGAUCCGCCUGUCGGACACGGUGGAGAACGUGCCGGAGCAGUGCGCGAAGGUGGUGACGGUGGACGGCACGGAGUACCACCCGGCGCCCGGCUACCGCUGCUACGGCGGGGCCGCGAGGAGCCCGCGCUACCUGCACCUCAGCACUGCGCAGCGCAAGAAGCAAGUGGAAGCAGAAAUAGCAGAAGCGGAAGCUACACUCCGCUCACUAGAAGCAGAAGCGGAAAGGCUCAACUCAGAGGCGGCACAAGCACGUGACGCGGAACGCAGCGCGGCUAAAGCGCUUCAAGCGCUGCUCGUCAACUUGCACAGGAAGGAGGAGGAGGCGAGGGAAGCGGCUUCAGCGCUGGAUCAGCAGCAAGCGCCGCAUUAUGCUGUGCUGGUGGACGAAUUAAAUAUUACCAAAGAAAAAGUACAAUCACUAGCUCAGCAAGUGGAGAGUCAGACAGCGGAAGAGAACAAAUGUAAAGAGAGAGUGGACGAAAUUGAAGAAAAUAUUCGAAAGAUUAAGGCACAGAUUGCGAAACUCGCUGUUAAUUGCAGAGGGCUUAGUGAGGAGAUAGAGCAAGAGCAACUGAAAGUGGAGCAAGGCGCUACCGAGCGUGUGAACCUGGAGCAGCGGCUGCGCGAGGGCGAGGGCAAGCUGCGCAGCGUGGAGCAGAUCCUCGCCGAGAAGCAGGCGCUCGUGCAGCAGAAGGUGCAGGAGGCGCUCAUGCUCUGCGCCAGGGUGGACAACCCGAGGGACAAGGCGACGGUGACGAGCGAGCUGAAGAAGACGCAGCUGAAGCUGAGCUCGAUGUCGAGCGUGGGGCUGAGCCGCGCGCAGGUGGCGGAGCGGCUGCUGCACGUGGAGCGCGGCUACCGGCGCGCGCGCCUCGCGCUGCAGCGCCUCAGCGCGCUCAUUGCGGACAUUGAAGCCACAUCAAACAAGCAUUUGAAAUUCUGCCAGCAAGUGCAGACGUUCAUCGCGAAGCGCGUGCAGUACUGCUUCCAGUCGAUAUUGACUCUCAGAGAAUAUUCGGGUCGCAUAGAAAUAGACAACGCGCGUGGCACACUGCAAAUCGUAUGCGCGGGCCGUGAGCGGGGCGGCACGGGGGGCGGGGCUAGCUCGCGGGGGAGCGGGGCGGGGGGCGCGGCCUCCUCCACGUCGUCGCUGUCGGGGGGCGAGCGCUCCUACUCCACUGUGGCCUUCAUGAUGGCGCUGUGGGACUGCGUGGAGCUGCCGUUCUACUUUAUGGACGAGUUUGAUGUGUUUAUGGACAACGUGAACCGUCGCAUAGUGAUGGACCUGCUGAUCGACCACGCGCUCAAGAACAAGAACCGACAGUUCGUGUUCCUCACGCCGCAGGACACGUCCGCGGUCACCGCCAGCCCGCACAUCACUAUACACGUAAUGGCGAACCCACGCCCGUGAAUCCCAGUUAUGAAUAGUUGCCAUCAAGCACCAGUGAUAUUACAUUGUAAUUUUGUAUUUUGUAUCGUUUUAAAUAUAUUGUUUUUAAAAUAAAA